AUCGUUGCUACGGUAGUGAGGCGGCUUGCGGCCAUUGCUGCUAGCUGCGGUGUGGCGCCGAUUUUUUCAGAACUUUGAAAAGAUUGGCAAAGUUUUCGAUAUGUCUGGCACUGCAACCGCUACGCAAAACGCGAUCACAUUAAAAGGCUCUGCAGAAAUAGUUGCCGAGUUCUUCAACUAUGGCAUCAACAGCAUAUUGUACCAACGGGGCGUUUACCCUCCUGACAUGUUCACAAGAGUUGAGAAGUACGGUUUGGGCGUCUUGAUGACAACUGAACGACAGCUGCAGGAUUAUCUCGAUCUGGUAUUGUCUCAGUUGAAAGCAUGGAUUGAAGCCAAGGAAGUCCACCAAGUCGUACUCGUAAUUUCAAGUGUUGACACAAAGGAAACAUUGGAAAGAUGGGAAUUUAACGUACAGACCGAUGAAAAAAUGACACACGAGAGCAAGCCAAAGCACAAGGACCUGAAGGAGAUCCAAAGUGGAAUACGGGACAUCAUCCGACAGAUUGUAGCAAGUGUCACCUAUCUUCCCAUACUGGAAACUGCUUGUGCCUUUGAUCUGCUCAUAUACACCAGUAAGAAUUCCGGAGUUCCUAAACAGUGGGCUGAAUCAUCUCCGCUCAUGAUUGAAGACAGCGAGACCGUGCGCUUGAAGAGCUUUUCUACCAGCGUUCACACCGUUGACACUGCCGUCACCUACAAGACUUCCUUCGACAUAUAGAUAACUUUUUGUGAGCAACAUGUUGAGUUUGUAUUCUUUUGAAUAUAAACAGCACAAAUAUUUCUUUAGGUGCAUGCUUGUGCAAGCUUAACACACAGUUAUGUGCUGCAGUAAAAGGAAUGGAAAUAGCGUGCCAUUUCAACUUACUCGAUAUUAUUUUUCUGUGCAAGCUUAACACACAGUUAUGUGCUGCAGUAAAAGGAAUGGAAAUAGCGUGCCAUUUCAACUUACUCGAUAUUAUUUUUCUGUGCAUACAUAAAAGUGUGCUAAUAAGCUUUCUGUAAAAGUUCGAUCAUGAUUCAGAGUAUGUCCAAAGACAAUUUUAUUCUGUUCCUUUUUUGUUAAAGUAUCAUUGACUUUCAAUAAAAAGGUUUCCCCUUUUCA